AUAUUGCAGCACCUCGCGCUUCGCGCUCGGUGCAAAUUAUUUUUUUAAAAUAAAAAUACUUAAUAUCGUUAAUUUAUUUAUUAUUAUUCUUAUCUUUAAUUUUUUUCGUUUUUCGCUUGUUUGGGUAUUAUUACUUACUUUUGUAGUUCGCAUCGAGCGCCCAGCGAGAUUGCCUUCGUCAAGAAGACUCAAGAGCACAAUUUUUGUGAAAAUAUUCGUUUCUCUUACUGUCUUACAGUCUGACUGAUGAGUUUCUUUUCCGUUGAUAAUGCUGUUUUAACUCGUAAAUUAUAAAUACUACUUUAUUGUUCUUUUAAGUUGGGGAGUUGGGAUGCGUACCUGACACGGGGUUUAGCCUUUCUCAACAUCACCGCGUAGCCAACUCUUGUGAGAAAUUCCAGAGUUACAGUUACCUUUGGAGGGGGACCGAAAUGAUGUCUAAUCUGUUGUAUAAACAACUCUGUCGGAUGUUGAGUCAAGGCGCCUUGUCGAAAAGAAGCAUUUUUCUGACCGCUUUUGGGUUGCGCGACAAUAAUCCUGGCUACGAUCUUACUGCUGCCGAAGUUACAUCGGCAGCUUCUCAUUCGGCUUUGGGAGAACAGAUUAAUCUUCUGCACUCCGAUGAACCACCUAUUCCGGUGUAUAAGCCCCGCAGCGGUGAAAAAACUGAGCAAAAACGUGCAAGAUUACUGUACCAAAGCAGAAAACGAGGAAUGCUAGAAAACGGUCUCCUGAUGAGUGCGUUUGCGGAUCGCUACCUUUUCAAUUUUGACGGAGAAGAACUUCAAGCCUAUGAUAAACUAAUCAACGAGCCAUCGAAUGACUGGGAAAUAUAUUACUGGGUUGCAGGUGUUAGACCGGUUCCCCAAGAAUUUCAGUCCAAAGUAUUGGAUAAGCUUAUACAGUUUGCGCGUAACGAAAAAAAGGAGAUGCGUAUAAGGCAACCUGAUCUUAAAGAAACUUUUUUUACGUCAGAUGUCCAUGAUUGAAUUUUUGGAAGCGUUGAAACAGUUGAAUGUUUAAUCUUUUUGCGAUGCUGUGAAUUAUUACUGCAAUAUGUUCAUAAGGUGGAUCGUUGUGGGCUUGUGGUGAAAUAUACUACGAGUAGUGCUAAUCUUCCAAAAAUUGUAAAAACCCUAAAACGAUAUGCUUGUUCAGUUGCUCGCAUCGAUUGUGACGAUUGUUUUUCUUUAUGUAUUUUGCCUUAUCAUUUAAAAUUGAUGUUAUAAUUUGGUAAAAAUUGUGAUGAUUG